AUGGCGUCAGCAAAAAUACAAGAUGAACGUUUGACCGAAUGGAACAACAAUGUAAUGCAAUAUUUGAUUCCGAAUAACGUUGUUUUAUCUCUUUACCUGAUACUAGGAACUAUUGGAAAUAUAACUGUUAUUGUGGUAUAUGUUUUUAAAAUGAAGGUCAAAAGGGAUGAUAGAUUUUUUAUACCGGUGCUUGCGACCGUGGAUUUUAUAGCAUGUCUCAUUGGUGCAUCGUAUGCCUUUGCUUGGAACCUUUUACCGGUAAAGUUCAAAAACGAAUUUGCAUGUGUAGCACUCUCGUUUGUUUCUCAAGGAUUAACAAUUGUAGCUGCAAGUUUAUUAAUGAUAAUAGCAGUACAGCGUUACCUUAAAGUCUGUAAGCCAUCGUUUAUAUUUACACAGAAAAUGAAAUAUUUUUGUAUUAUUUUGGCUUUUUGUUUCGGAUGCGCAUUCUCAGUUCCGAUAUUUUUCUAUUAUGGUGUGGUAGAAAUGUACAAUCCAAUUCUUAAUGUGACAGGAUACUGGUGCGGACAAACGGUUCAUUACAAAGAACACUUUAUUCUUCAUGAUAUAAGUGCUGCAGUAUUUGCAUUUAUUGCUUCCAUUGUUCUUAUCAUACUUUACAUUUUGAUUGGAAAGACAAUUUAUCAAAAAUUUAUAAAAUUCCAUAUAUCUAUAAAACAGGGAAAGUAUACCAAAACACCUAGUAGCUCUACAGAGGCUGAAAGUGUAGAACCGGUUGAUAAAGAUAACGUUCACAAGUCUUCAAGAUCAAGAGCGAAUAGCAUCGAAGAUCUCGUCGAUCGCGAUGGAUACAGACGGAAACUAAGACGAGGCUCCACCGAUACCCUUGACCAAGGACGUUUCUACACAAUAGGACAACAUUUUCGAACGCACAGAUACUCAUACAUGUUUAUGACAAUCACUGCACUGUUUAUUAUUGGAUAUACACCACGGUUAACACUGAUGAUUUUAGAAAGUCUUGAUCCAAAUUUUUGGAACAAACCUAAUGAGACAAUUGCCGGAUUAUUGUUCCUCUAUAGGCUGUACCUUUUAAAUCAUGCUAUAAAUCCAUUUAUUUAUACCUUUUUCGAUACAAGAUUUCGCAAGGCAGUUUCAGAAAUAUUUUGUAGUUGUUGCUCAACAAGAAAAUCUAUGUCUUUAUGA